AUGUAGGUUGAAUUUGAAUUAAAAAAUAUACUAUAUUGUUAAUGUUCCAAGGUCAUGAACCUAAUGCAUUUUUAAGAAUACAUUAGGGAUCAAACGCUUGAAUGCUUUUUGUUAUUUCCUUCUAGUUGCGAUUAGAGUAGAAUUUAAUCUAAUUUAAUCUUUGAUCAAAGAAGGUAUAAAUAGUGA